GCAGCGUCCGCCGGUAUAUCCACACCCUCGGCAGGGUGCUUCUGUGCCAGUCUCGUCUCCAAUCUGUGUGAGGACCAGCUGCCACUCGACUCGCUUCACCCUGGCACCUCCUCUGCAUCGGCGCGAGUUGCGCAAAUGCUAGCGUGAGUUUUUACGAAGUUUCGCGUGUGCUUUUCUUAAACGACGCGCAGGAAAGUGUUGCUGGCGCAGGUGUCUCCGUGCCUUUUGUCUUGCGUCCGUUGUUGUGCGUCCGAGGGUUACGUCGACGGGGACACCAGAGACCAGCGAAAUCGUCGUCUCCCGCUUCCGACGCCCUCCUGAUUUUGGAAGCGAACUGGUUAGUUUUCGAGAAUCUUCAUCGCCGUCUUUUCUCGGAAACGCGUCGGCGCACAGGGGCUGCAUGCGACUUCCGUGGCUCCGCCCGUCCUGCGCGUCGGUUUUGGUGGAAGUUUAUGAGUCUUUGUUCCAUUUCCACGGGGAAGAGGGAACAGAGAACUUUCGGGCCAUCUAUUUGUCUGCGCUACUGAACCACCAGACGCUUGUGAGGCCGACCAGAUGGCCUCGCAAACAGAAAGCGCGUGGCAGUGGCAAGUUUUCGGCUCUCUCCCCAGCAGCGGCAAGACGGGAACUUUACAGCGCUAUGCUUCUGACGACUGUGUGUCAGGGAAAGAAGCGUUAUGCGAUAACACUGGACGCCUUCCGCGCUCAGCAUCAUUGUGUCAGUCUCUGCAGCGCUUCCACCUUACAGCAGGAACCCCGCGGGACAGUAUGUCUAUCAGAAGUUCCCGCGAUGCCUGCGCGGUGUAUUUCCGUUACAGAGCCGUCGGUUCUUGUCCGGAAACGGAAUGCAGAAAGCCGACUUUCCAGGCAUUCCCCUCUGCCGCACAUUCAGCUGCGUCUAAGUCAUGCGGCAGUUUGCUUUCGCCGCCAACGGGGCGCUCUCAACGGCAUCCUACGGUGUAUGGCCACUGGAAGGUUUGCGAGCCAGUUGGUUGCGUCGUGACGGCACUUUCACAUUUAAUGAAUGUGCCUUCCACUACGUUUCUUGCUGUUGUGUUUAUUUUUUCCGCACUUACUUUCUUCUCGGAAUUCGAGGCUCCUUUGAAUCAUCUGUCCGUUCCGUCGGCGCGCGCCUCCCUCCCAGCCUUGGGGUCAGUCUCCGCAUCUGACGUGCUGUCAGUCCCAGAUCCAAGCCGGAUAACUUCGGAAGAAUCGUUACAGAACGAGGGGGACUUAGCUCGUCUUUCUCGGGCCGCGAUUUCUGAGAAGGAAAACAGAGAACCGCACGCGGGAGAGCCCCAUUUUGCGCGUCCCUCUGCGUUUUCGCUGUAUGUUUCUGGAGUCCUUCCGUUCGAAAAGGCGUUGAGUCCGUACGGCGUAAGCGGCACGACGGACCGGAAGUGGAAGCCGGACAUGCAGGAGGAGCAUUCGACGUCGACCUCGGAGUCCUCGGAGUCGAAAACGAGCAACGCGCCGGCCGUCGGGGAAGACACCAGGCAGGCAGACGAGGAAGUUUCGGCAUACUUUAACGAGGCCCACGGGCAACCGCCUUUCGGGCGAUCGAUAGUAGCCCAGCGUGUCGGCAUUCUCAGGCCGCCUCCCGCCUCUUCGAUCUCAACGCGUGCAGUCCCGGCGACAUCCCUGCCGAGGUUUCUGAGGUUGGCGCCUGCUGCAGCUGCCCUCGUCCAGGGUGGGAGUGAAUCUGGAGCGUUGCCGUCGCGGAACUUCGUCCUUGAAACGCUUUCUUGUUUCCACGCGCCGCUGUCGUCUGUAGAACCAGUGCGCGUCACACCGGCCCCGUUUCCUCGCGUUCUGAGUUUUCCAGAGCACGUUCAUGCUCUCUUCGACUUGGAAAACAUGCAACGGAUAGGGGACGAAGGUCCGGCUCUCCGAGGCGGCGAAGCCGGAGAGCAGGAGACAGCGAAGCGUGGAGGGAAGGGAAAUGACGGCUUUAGGGGGAUUGUGUCGCAAGUCAUCGGGCUCGCCACGGAUUUUGACGGCACCGUGACUGAAGUGAGAGCUUCGCAGAAGAGCGAAACCGAACAGAAGAAAGCGAAAGGAGAUGCAAAGCCGGCACAGCCUCAAGUGGACUACGUUGACACCUGCGUCACGCUCUUCUCCCUCGCAAGACAACGCGCGAGCGACCAACAGAUAUACGACCAAACAGUGGACGAGGCGGUCCGUGUGUACAACUCAGGACGUAAACGUAUCUUGUCGCAGUUGUUGGUCGAUGCGGCGGGGAACAGUGUCGAACCGAAGCGUGAGGUCUCGCCUGGCGAACUCAAGCAGGACGAUGUUCGAGGCUGGUGUGCGUGUCUCCGGGAGGACGAACCGGCAGCCGGUCAGGGAGAGGGCGAUCCACGUUUGCCUCCAGUGGCUUCCAGUCCCACCGUCGCGGCUGCAACCACCGAGGUCUCACACGAAGCUACGGUCAACGCAAUUCAGGAGCUGGAUGCGUACGAGGAGAAAAUGGCAAACACGCCUCUCACACGAAUUAUCCUCAAGGGCAUUCGAAAAGAUACAUUCGAUGCGGACCUUCUCCAGGCCACAAAUGCUAUUAACCUAGUGAGGCAAUCUGCUCUCGAGGUUAUCGUUCGCCUUCGGAUGUUGGACAUCCCCGUGACGUUCAUUUCUCAUUCUUGGAGUGCACAUCUGGUGGCCAUGACCGUUCGGCUGGCACUAGCGCAUACGCUGGAGAACUGUUUGUUUCCCGAGGGCCAACGGGAGCCGCACCGCAGUUCAGAACACGGACUGCAGCGCAGGAGAGAAGAGCAAAUGGCGAACGAAUGGGCUGAAAACAUGGUGCGGAGCAUGACGUUUCAUGCCAACGAGCUCGUCUACGAUCAAUGGGGCGUCAGCACGGGUCUUGUCGAGCCCCGGUGUGUGACCCUAGAAGCGAAGCGUCAGUACACCCGAGAGUCGCGGGAGGCAGGCCUUGAGCUUUUGAGACGGCGGCGGAUGGUGACAGCAGGGAGCACGGCGGCCGCGACAGCGACGACUGCACAAGGACGAGGCAACAUGCGAGAGAACUUUUGGCUUGUUUUUGUGGGAGAUACACACGGGGAUAUUCUCGCUCUUCUGGAAGCAGACAUUGGAAUUCUCCUUGGAGAUCCGAGAAAGAACAUGGAGGCGGUUCUUCACCACACCGGCACCGUCCUUCGUCCUCUCUCUUGGCUGGUGGAACACUUUAGACGGCAACUGAAGGAGCGCCAAGAAGCGAUAAACUGUGCUGCUUCGCCUGGUUGCUCGCCCGCAGAAAGCGAAGCCGGCGGAGCAGGCGCAGGAGAGCGACCCUCUCAGUUUCUCUUCCGUCUUCCCGCUGCGGACGCACCGUGCUGCUGCAGACCUUCUGCCUUGUCGUUAUCUUUUCUGCCCGCGGGCGCCGACUCGCGCGAACCGCGGUGCCGAGUGCUCUACGUCGCACAGAGCUGGAACGAGAUUUCUGAGCUUCUCUUCGGCGAGGCGCCUGCGGAAAGCACGAGUGAAGAAGCAGGCUGAAGCCACACAAGCCGCUUGUUUUAGGUUGCACUCGCGCGGUCGCAGGGCACUGCGUAAUUACAGUGGGUUCCCGCGCUCAAAGGUGCCGUUUCCCUCACAUUUCAAUAGCAGAGGCUACAUGUCCAUCAUUUUUAUUGAAUCGCUCAGUUUCCUAGUGACUGUUCGCGGGGGGCGAGCUUCCAACCGCUUCGACAUUCAGAAGGACAAGGGCAGAUUAAGGUCUCCAGGUUGCCGCUCAGGUUGUCCGAUUGAAAGCGAGAGCUCAGAGUCAUAAAAGAGCGUCUCGCGGGAACGCCGCAAUCGACUCCGGUGUGUAAAAAGGAUAUCGAAGAGAGCAGACGCCUCGCUGUGCGUUGUUCGCCUUGGCGGUGUCCAGGUUAAAGAUUCCAGUGUUGCGUUGUGGGGGGCAUCUGACUCCACGAAGUACCCCUUCGAGGUCGCAGCACGAGAACAGAAACAGGUUCGAGACUGAGCUCCGGCCUCGGCGUUUUAGUGGGGAUGGAAAACGAACAAAAAAGCGGCCGUGACCUCUGGAUCUCGCAUUUUUCAUGGUGUGUCGAGGAAACGCGCUUCGACCCCUCGUUGGUGAGGGCGAUUCGGUUGGCUGUUUCGUUUCUCGAAGCCGAAGAAUGCGAAUCUCAUCUGCUUUUUUCCGGGGAUCGAACGGGCUUUCUUGCUCUUUCUUCCCUCAAGGUCAAAGCUUGCCUCCCUUCUUUCGCUCCGCUGCGUGUACACGCAGGUCAAGCCUCGGCACACGCUCUGGGGUCGUUGUCCACUGUCAUCCGCUGCAUGUCGCUUAUGCAUGCAGUCUGCCGGUUCGGGUGCCGUCCAUGCAGUCUUGCGAACAGACAGCAGACUCCGCGAGGUGCGUGACGGCUUUUUCCGGAGAGCAGAGACAGAGAGACCCUCUCUUCGAGUUCGUCCGAGCGUUUGAGAACUCCUCUGUGUGGGCAUCUGGAGGGAUCACAUGCGAGAGGAGCUCUGGCGGUCGGAAAGCAACUCGAGGAGUCGCGCGAACCUGUCGGGAAGGCGACAAGUGUGUCUGACAAUGAAGCUUCGGACUUGCACUUCGGAGCCCCAUUAGCCCCCCGGCGUUCCUUUUUUUUCUCCGAGCUCUCUUACCGUGACUUGUUCUGACACGGUGUCUUCAGAGUUUGGAACGCAUGCAACUUCCUCGCGCGAGGACUCUCCUCGAAAGCACGUUCCAUGCAAGACGUCGCUGGAACGCGCUUCGGAGUCGAGACCUGGUGCGCUUGUACCCCAGCUCAGCAGUGACUGUGCGCUGACUGUUGCGUGCAUGCCUUUUACGGCCAUAAAACGAG